AAGACUUUGCAGCCGGCAUGACUGUCAGAGGAGCAACAGACAGUAAUGUCCUGUGGGUGAUGGAUGCACAACACAUUAGGAGCCGCCGAUCCUCCUCUUCCUCGUCCUACCGUUCAUCGGCCCGUUUCAGCACCUCCAGCUCCUUCCGGUCGGAGGGAGACUCUCUGGACACCCUAUUUGAGCCCUCUCUAGACCUGGCCGAUCCCCAUGGACUGUUUGGAGAUGAGGGCCCUGGGGGGCCCCUCUGUCUGGCCCCCUUCAGCCGGCACAGAAGAUCAUCUUAUGGAUCCUCUUAUGGAUCUGGGUCUGUGGGUGGCGCUGUGACGUGCCAUCAGACCAGUCUGGGGGCGGUGCGCUCACUGGGAGACAGCUACUACAUGUCAGCUGACGUCAGCCAGUUUGAGCCGCAUGACGUGGUGGUGAUGGCCUACAACCACCAUGUCGUCAUUCACGCCGAGAAGGUGCUGGAAGACGGGAGCGUAAGUGACACAUUUACCCAUAAGUCCCUGUUCCCGGAGGACAUGGACCCCCUCUCGGUCAGCGGGACCCUGAACCCUGAUGGCAUCCUGGUGGUGAGCGUCCGUCGGUCGGACCCCCACACUGGCUGGGCCGGGGCCCCAGGGUGCCCCCACCUACCACACUGA